GCUAUCGGGUAUGUUUGGCGAUUCUUCAUAAUACUUUCUCCGAUUUCAAAAACCAACUAAUCAUGAAACCGUGUCAAAGCUUAGUUGAUUGAAUCGGCCCUCGCAAAUUUCGGUUUUCGAUUGUCCACGAUGGAAUUCCUAAGCGAAACGUAUACCGACAUUCGUCAGUUCCUGCUCUCUGCGGCUCGCUGGGCUUGGGGCAUACCUGACCCGUUGACUAUCGAGUUCUUGCCCAGAACGUAUGACGAGAAUGGAGUUCAGCCGCGAAAACGAUGGAUCAAGCUCAUUUUACGCUCCUCUCGCUCGACCUGGCACCUUAAACUCACCUUCCAAGGCACUAUCACGGACGAUCGACACCCAAUCUUUGGCAAAAAGCCGAAGCGUCGGAAGGAUCUACAGGAUCUUUGUCACUGUAUUGACUUUCACCGGGUACAACUUUUGGACGAUACAGUUACCGAGGUCAUUCUGGCACUUGACCCCGUUAAGGAGAGCGUUAGGCUGCCGUACGAGAAACGACCAGGCCCAGAUAACGAAUUCUUCUCCGUCAUCGACCAGCUCUGGGUCUAUACUAGGGAAGACCCAGACAGAGUACGGUUCCCAACCUUCAAUAGUAAUAGUUCUAUUCCGACCAGGGAGCUGUCCGAUAUUAGAAGCAAGGAAGAACUCGACGGCCAUUCGGUUUACAAGGUGCUUCUUCAUAGCGAUGAGACGCCGUACAUCUACAAGGAGAUUGAACGACCACAUUAUAUCCCCGCAGACACGGAAGUCCUGGAACAAGAGCUAUACAACCUAGAGCUAUUUCGUGGCAACACAUUUGGCAUCGUCUAGUUAAUUGCGGCAGUUGUCUCGCAAAACCCAUACCAGACCACACCGUCUGCUAAGAAGAGAAGCCCCGGCGUCUUGCAUGGUGUUCUUCUCGAAUACCAU